AUGGAAGGAGUAGCUUUGAUCACUGGUGGAGGAUCGGGUAUUGGGGCAGCUACCGCCAAAGCGUUCAUCGCGAAAGGUGUCAAGUCGAUAGCUCUGGUUGAUAUCAAGCAAGAUACACUGGACGUGACUGCCAAGUCCCUACAAGAGCAGUCGGAUGCAGGAGUGGUCAUAUUGACGAUACAAUGUGAUGUGACAGACGAAAAUCAGGUCAAAGAAGCAAUUCAGAAGACUACAGAAAAAUUCGGAAGGAUUGAUUAUGCCGUUAAUUCAGCUGGGAUAACGAAUAAAUCCAAAGUAGGAGAAUAUCAGACUGGAGAUUGGGAUAGAGUGAUCAACGUUAACCAAAAAGGCGUGUUCUUCUGUAUGCGAGAAGAGUUGAGUCAAAUGGAAAAGCAAGACUAUCUACCGUGCAAAUCUGCCGAUAAAAGAAGAGCACAAAGAGGUUCAAUCGUCAACGUAUGCUCAAUAAACUCUUUCGUGGCCGCCAGGAGAAAUGCAGCAUAUGUCACGUCAAAGCAUGCUAUAGUAGGAUUGACAAAAACCUGUGCUCUUGACUAUGCUGCACAAGGGAUAAGAUGUAAUGGCGUAGCACCAGGAUACGUCGAAACGCCAAUCACGCUUGCACCUGAAAAUAUAGAAGUUUUGCGUAAAUCCACUCAACCAGAAAAGACACCUCAAGGUAGACCGGCGAUACCUGAAGAGAUAGCAGACGUCAUUGUAUUCUUAUCGUCACAAGGAGCAAGCUAUGUCAAUGGUGCUGUGUGGGAGAUUGAUGGUGGUUUUUUGUGUUUGUAG